ACAUAUUUCUACUGAAUUUUUUUUUUUUUCUUUUUGGUUAGUUUCAGAGAUUUUCCAGAAAAUAUCCCAUUGAAUUGAACUUCCAUAUUUGUCCCAUGAAUUUCCAUGGCGCCAAAUGCUUGAAUUAAACCGCAAACGAUGCCGUCUUCUUCCUUUCUCACAGCGUCACCUCCACCGCCGCCGCCAAUUUUCACCACUAACCGUUCGUCUGUCUUACCAUCUUCUUCUUCUACCGCCAGAACCUCCGAUCCUUUCCAACAAGUAGAAAGGUUUGCCUUACUUAUCGAUAAAUCGAAAUCCAUUCCCCGCUUGCUUCAAAUCCACGCUUCUCUUCUCCGCCACAGGCUUUACCACAACCCCAUCUUAAAUUUCAAGCUCCAACGCUCAUACGCCGCUCUCGGACGCCUUGAUUACUCGGUUGCCGUCUUUAACACCUCCGAUGAACCCAAUGUCUUUUCGUUUAGUGCAAUUAUCCACAGCCACGUACAAUGUCGAUUAUUUGACCAAGCUCUCGGUUACUAUUCGCAAAUGCUAACCCGUGGUGUGGAGCCCAAUGUUUUCACCUUCUCUUCAGUCUUGAAAUCCUGCUCGCUCGAACCCGGAAAAGUCCUCCAUUGCCAAGCAAUAAAGCUCGGGUUCGAUUCUGAUUUGUAUGUCAGAACGGGAUUGGUCGAUGUAUACGCAAGAGGGGGCGAUGUGGUGUGCGCACGCCAGCUGUUUGAUAAAAUGCCUGAAAGAAGUUUGGUUUCUCUAACGGCCAUGCUUACUUGCUACGCGAAGCUGGGGGAGCUUGACGAGGCACGGGCUUUGUUCGAUGGAAUGAAAGAGAGAGAUGUGGUUUGUUGGAAUGUGAUGAUUGGUGGAUACGCGCAGAAUGGUCUUCCCAAUGAAUCGUUGAAGCUUUUCAGGCGAAUGUUGGUGGCGAAAGCUAUUCCCAAUGAAGUAACUGUCCUGGCUGUGCUUUCAGCAUGUGGGCAACUUGGAGCCCUCGAAUCUGGAAGGUGGGUUCAUUCGUAUAUUGAGAAUGAGGGCAUUCAGAUAAAUGUUCAUGUGGGCACCGCACUUGUUGAUAUGUAUAGCAAAUGUGGUAGCUUGGAAGAUGCACGUUUGAUAUUUGAUGGGAUUCGGGAUAAAGAUGUAGUCGCCUGGAAUUCGAUGAUUGUUGGGUAUGCCUUACAUGGAUUUAGCCAACAUGCAUUGCAGUUGUUCGAGGAAAUGACUGAGACCGGAUACCGGCCAACUGAUAUCACUUUCAUUGGCAUUUUGAGUGCCUGCAGCCAUGGCGGAUUGGUGGAGGAGGGAAGGAGUUUCUUCAGAUUGAUGAGAGAUAAAUACGGAAUUGAACCGAAGGUUGAGCAUUAUGGAUGCAUGGUUAAUCUUCUAGGACGUGCAGGACAUCUAGAAGAAGCAUAUGAACUUGUGAAGAAUAUGACGAUCGCAGCUGACCCGGUUUUGUGGGGAACGUUACUUGGGUCUUGUAGACUCCAUGGUAACAUCAAACUGGGAGAGGAAAUUGCUGAGUUUCUUGUUGACCAGAGGCUUGCAAAUUCAGGGACGUAUGUUCUUCUUUCCAAUACAUAUGCUGCAACAGGCAAUUGGGAAGGGGUUGCAAAGAUGAGGACGUUGAUGAAAGAACAUGGCAUUGAAAAGGAACCUGGUUGCAGCUCUAUUGAAGUUAACAAUAAGGUGCAUGAGUUCGUUGCUGGUGAGAGGAAACAUCCCAAAAGCAAAGAAAUAUAUAUGAUGUUGAAUGAGAUAAAUGGCUGGCUCAAAGCUCGAAGAUACACACCACAGACCGAUGUCGUUUUACAUGAUCUCAGGGAGGAACAGAAGGAGCAAUCGCUCGAAGUUCACAGUGAGAAGCUUGCUAUUGCCUUCGGGCUCAUCAGUACUCAACCAGGCACCACCAUCAAGAUUGUGAAGAACCUCCGAGUUUGUUUAGAUUGUCAUGCCGUAAUGAAGUUGAUAUCAGAAAUCACUAAACGUAAAAUUGUAAUGAGGGACCGGAAUCGUUUCCAUCACUUUGAAGAUGGAUUAUGUUCUUGUGGAGAUUAUUGGUGAGAUCAUUUGUGAAGUGUGCAUCCAUCAGGAUUCUGUGACGAAUUAUUCGCUAUAAAAGUUGUUUACAACGUG